AAGGACUGCCCCUACCAUCACCGAAUCACAGCGAUGCAGACAACGGUGCAGCAGCCAUACGCUCGAAGCGCUACAUACUACAUACUACAUACUACAAGCGGCUUUCCACACCAACACUCCCACCCCUUACUGCUGUCGCAUACUUGCAUGUGUUUCUCUCAUGUCGCUGGCACACGGAUUUACGCAACCCGCAUCUGACCGCACCACCACUGUCACAUCCACCAUCACAUCCACAUCCACAUCCACAUCCACAUAUCCACCACCUCAAUGGCACACAACAUAAGAGCAGCCUCCCGACCCGCUUCGAUCCCCACCGGCCACGCACCACCAACACCACCACAAUCACCGCAAUCAGCACCCUCACAACCUCCCAAUCCUCCCAACCCUCCCUCCAAAAUGCCAACAGAAACGCUAAACACUUCAACCAACCUCUCAACGCAAGCGCACAUCACCUCACUCUUCUCAUCACUGCAAGACCCGAUCUCAUCGAGCAUACUACCGAUCAGUACGCGGCGACUGCGCGCCAAAAUGCGAGGCUACUCGCCGCACUGCGCCGACCCCAGCAGCAGCAGCGCCGUGAGCUCGCCGACGGGAUCGACAUCGAGCACCGGCAGCGCGGCCACCGCCGCCUCCUCCGCCUCCGCCGCCUCCCACUCCUCCCACUCAUUCUCGUCGUCCGCGGGCACAGUACGUGUGCCGAUCUAUACCAAUUGGGUCUUUGUCACCAGCGCGGAGGUCCUAGCGCGCGCGGGCGAGGGCGAGGAGGAGGCAGAGCCGCCGAAUGAGGCCGCCGGUGGAGGCACAGCUGGCAAGAGCGGCGGCGGGUGGACGAAAAGGCAGUACCGCAUCGAGAGCGAAAAGCUGAGGGGGAAGGAGUGGGUGUUUCAAUGAGCAUGUGCUUGAUUGAUUGACUGAUUGAUUGAUUGUGCUUCGCAUGUCUUUUUUUUUAAUCUGUGUGCAGCGAGCGAGCGAGCCCCAGCCCAUGUACAUCAUAUGAGCUGUGGUGGCUCGUCUCGGACAUCGA